GUCUGGAUUCAGUGCAGUGAAGGAAGGAGCUUCAGGGAGAGGGCCACGCGCUACCCAGACCCUCGACUCUGUCGUCAGCAUGAGAACUUAUCGGUACUUCUUGCUGCUUUUUUGGGUUGGUCAGCCCUACCCGACUCUCUCAACUUCCUUAGCUAAGAGGACUAGUGGCUUGCCGGCCAAGAAAAGGGCCCUGGAGCUCUCUGGAAGCAGCAAGAAUGAGCUGAGCCGUUCGAAAAGGAGCUGGAUGUGGAACCAGUUUUUUCUCCUGGAGGAAUACACGGGAUCCGAUUAUCAGUAUGUGGGGAAGUUACAUUCAGACCAGGAUAGAGGAGAUGGAUCACUUAAAUAUAUCCUUUCAGGAGAUGGAGCAGGAGAUCUCUUCAUUAUCAACGAAAACACAGGCGAUAUACAGGCCACCAAGAGGUUGGACAGGGAAGAAAAACCUGUUUACAUCCUUCGAGCUCAAGCUGUAAACAGAAAGACAGGCAGACCUGUGGAGCCUGAGUCUGAAUUCAUCAUCAAGAUCCAUGACAUCAACGACAAUGAACCAAUAUUCACCAAGGAGGUCUACACGGCCACUGUCCCUGAAAUGUCUGAUGUGGGCACUUUUGUUGUCCAAGUCACCGCAACCGAUGCUGACGACCCAACAUACGGGAACAGCGCUAAAGUCGUCUAUAGCAUCCUACAAGGACAGCCCUAUUUUUCAGUUGAAUCAGAAACAGGUAUCAUCAAGACCGCUUUGCUCAACAUGGAUCGAGAAAACAGGGAACAGUAUCACGUGGUGAUUCAAGCCAAGGAUAUGGGUGGCCAGAUGGGAGGAUUAUCUGGGACCACGACAGUGAACAUCACGCUGACUGACGUCAACGACAACCCUCCCCGAUUUCCCCAGAGUACCUACCAGUUUAAAACCCCUGAAUCUUCUCCACCGGGUACACCAAUUGGCAGGAUCAAAGCCAGUGACGCUGAUGUCGGGGAGAACGCUGAAAUCGAAUACAGCAUCACAGAGGGAGAGGGACUGGACAUGUUUGACGUCAUCACUGACCAGGACACCCAGGAAGGGAUCAUAACUGUCAAAAAGCUUUUGGACUUUGAAAAGAAGAAAGCGUACACCCUCAAAGUGGAAGCCUCCAACCCUCACGUUGAACCCCGUUUUCUCUACCUGGGCCCAUUCAAAGAUUCGGCCACGGUUAGAAUUACAGUGGAAGAUGUAGACGAGCCUCCUGUCUUCAGCAAACUGGCCUACAUCCUACAGAUAAGAGAAGAUGCUCAGAUAAACACGACAAUAGGCUCCGUCACAGCCCAAGAUCCAGAUGCUGCCAGGAAUCCCGUCAAGUACUCUGUCGAUCGUCACACAGACAUGGACAGAAUAUUCAACAUUGAUUCUGGAAAUGGUUCGAUUUUUACAUCAAAACUUCUAGACCGAGAAACACUGCUGUGGCACAACAUUACAGUGAUAGCAACUGAAAUCAAUAAUCCAAAGCAAAGCAGCCGAGUGCCUCUAUACAUUAAAGUGCUAGAUGUCAAUGACAAUGCCCCAGAAUUUGCUGAAUUCUACGAAACCUUCGUUUGUGAAAAAGCAAAGGCAGAUCAGUUGAUUCAGACCCUACAUGCCAUUGACAAGGAUGACCCCUAUAGUGGGCACCAAUUCUCAUUCUCUUUGGCCCCUGAAGCAGCCAAUGGCUCGAACUUCACUGUUCAAGACAACAAAGACAACACCGCGGGAAUCUUAACUAGGAAAAAUGGCUAUAACAGACAAGAGAUGAGCACCUACCUCCUGCCUGUGGUCAUUUCAGACAACGACUACCCAGUCCAAAGCAGCACUGGGACAGUGACUGUCCGGGUCUGUGCAUGUGACCCCCACGGAAACAUGCAGUCCUGCCAUGCGGAGGCCCUCAUCCACCCCACGGGGCUGAGCACGGGGGCUCUGGUUGCCAUCCUUCUGUGCAUCAUGAUUCUACUAGUGACCGUGGUGCUGUUUGCAGCUCUGAGGCGGCAGCGGAAAAAAGAGCCUUUGAUCAUUUCCAAAGAGGACAUCAGAGAUAACAUCGUCAGUUACAAUGAUGAAGGUGGCGGUGAGGAGGACACCCAGGCCUUUGAUAUCGGCACCCUGAGAAACCCUGAAGCCAUAGAGGACAACAAAUUACGGAGGGACAUCGUGCCCGAAGCCCUUUUUCUACCCCGACGGACUCCAACAGCUCGUGACAACACCGACGUCAGAGAUUUCAUUAACCAAAGGUUAAAGGAAAACGACACGGACCCCACUGCCCCGCCCUACGACUCCUUGGCCACCUACGCGUAUGAAGGCACCGGCUCUGUCGCCGACUCUCUGAGCUCGCUGGAGUCGGUGACCGUGGAUGGAGAUCAAGACUACGACUACCUGAGUGACUGGGGCCCUCGCUUCAAAAAACUGGCGGAUAUGUACGGAGGGGUGGACAGUGACAAAGACUCCUAAUAUGUUGCCUUUUUUUUCUUUUCCUAUCCGACACUGAGAUAUGUCAAGUGGCUCUUUCUUUAUAUUUAUCCACUACUCUCUUCUACCGGUUCCAAAAGUCAAUGGCCACAGUCUGUGUGGAUCAAA